GAUUAGAGGGAACGAAAUACAUGUUGCGAGAAAAGAGAAAUAGAUUUUUAUCAAAACGGCGUCAUUCAUACCUGAGUGGGUUUUUUUUUGACAUAUCAGCGGUUGGUGAGGUAAUGUAGGCUAUUGAAAAUGCAAUAAGGUUAUUUCCACUGGAAGCAUCAGCAUCUUCAGGCUUUUACUAUUUUGUUUAUAAACUUCAACCGAGGCCGUCUUGCUAGUGACUGAGGCUUACGCCAACGGUUCCUCGCGCAAACUAUGGAAAUCAUGAGGACGGAGCAACUCAACGGAAAGGAAUUUUUCUGCUGUGUGGUACAGGACGGGCAGCUCAUAAUGAAAAGUAGCAUUUGUUUGUAUUAGCGACCCCUGAAUGUGACGGAGUGUUUUCAGUUCCUUGUGUCAUUCUACACGAGCUGUUUCUGUACCCUCAGGGGCAGCGGUCCGACCGGCGGAGAAGGACACGGCGGAGGGACCUCUAGUUGCCGUACUUUCACAAACCCGACCACGACGUCUUCGUCCUAGGCCCAUUGUUGAGAUAAAUGUUCUGAAGGGCCUUCAGUACUCCGUCGCUUUAGUUAAAUGUCUGUAGCCUGCCCAAGUGAAAAACAUCAAAGGUAGUAAGAGACAAAAUCAGAUGUUGACUGAACUAAGAGUUAACAAAUUAGGACGAACUUUAUGGCCCUCUUGAGUAAAGCUGCUUGCACGCUCCCGUGCAAUUACGUUCGCAUACAAACUUGUUGAAAAGUUUUCUUUGUGUAGUUGGACAAUUUUCUCGCAGUUAUUGCGUUUGAGUGGAUGUAUGAGCAUGGUGGAAUGCCGAACCUCUGUCCAAAGGGAGGGGGUGUACCGCUGGUUCUCUUUUCUCACCUCUGCCCAACGAGCAGAGUUCUUGUGCGGCCUUCUGGACCUCUGCGUCCCCAUAGAACUCCGCUUCCUCGGCUCCUGUUUGGAAGACUUGGCCCGCAAGGAUUACCACUCCCUUCGGGAUGCAGAGAUCAAAGCCAACAACCCUGCCGACCUUUCUGGCCUCACCAACAUCACGGACGAGGUGGUGCGCAGCAAGUUGCUAGUGUCCCUCGCCCUGCUUGGCUCGGACAAUAGGGAGGCAGCGGGGGUCCUUUUUCGGACUCUGACUCACAUUGACACCGUGAUCAAUAAUUACGGCCUGGCGCUUAACGAUGGUGGGGCCGAUGAGCAGUUCCUUUUACUUUUCACCAUGGCAUCUCAUCACCCUGCCUUUAGCUUCCACCAGAAGCAAGCUUUGAGGCAACAGCUCAGCCAACUCCGGGACAUACUACAGGUGAGCAGUGAAGGAGCAAGAGGAGCAGAGGCUUCAGCAGCAGGCCCUAACAAUGAUAAAGCAGCCAUUUGUUAUAAUCAGCUACAUCACCAUGGCCAUGACAAGCCUGCUUCCCUGCCACUGGCCUCUUUGCCCCCCACUGCCUGUUCCUUGCCUGAUCCCAUUUCUUCUUACCUGCCUCUGCCUGUCAGCCAAUCCUGCCACAUACACUGCAGCUGCUGGCAUAAGAGACACGACAGAGAGGCCGAGACAGUUGCAGUGCUGGGAUCUGGGGUCACUACUGGACGACAAGACCAAGUGGUUAGCCAGGACCUCAUUUCUCCACCAAAUGACCCUCCUUCUUCUCUUCUCCCUCACCUGCAGCCACCUCAUUCUCAUCUGUCUUCUCCUCUGCCUGCUGGGCAGAGUCUUGACUCAGCAGCACCUACCAAAACUCACCUGGGAAAAGCAGGAAAAGUGGUGAUUGAGGGUGUAGUUCUGAGAGGAGUGGCACACAAAUCUGAAGACAUCAGUGAAUAUGUCUUUGAGGCCAGAUGGUCGGAUGGUUUAGUGUCUUCCAUUGUCAGAACUCAGGAGGAGAUAACAGAGCUGCUUUCCCAGUUGUCAAAAGCAUUUCCUGAUGAAGGACUGGAAAAAUACCUUCCUCAGUCUACAGAACUAGACCCCAGGUGUCUGACCUCUCUACCCUGCCAUGUCCUUCAACACCAAAAUUUCCAGCUUUUUUUCACCUCCACUAGGCCUGUCUCUCCCAACUCUCCUCCCUCCCUCUCAUCCUCUUGCAUCCCUCCAUUACCAUCCUCUCCACCUACAGCUCCUGUAGCCCCAACAUAUCCUUUCACAACCAGCUCUAAUCUUGGCUGCAUGGUUCAGCACAGAGGCACCAACAGGGCGAUAUACAGAGUGGCCAGUGUCCAGCCUGUCAUCAGCAACCACAGCUCUGUCAUGACUCGCCCUUCCCCUCAUAUGUCCUCCCUCCCUCCGUCUCUUCCUCCCGCAUUACCUCCUUUCCAUCAUUCUCCCCAGCUGUCCCUCCUUCCUGCCGCUGUUCCCACCCUUCCCACUCAGGGCUCCAUAGCUUGUGGAGGUGAUUCCUCCUCCCCCCAGACUCAUGGUCAGUCCCACUCUUACUCUCAGCACCUACCAACACAAACUAGCAGCCAGUCCUGUGCACUGCCUCAGUCCAUUUACCUGCCCCAUUCCCAUUCAGUGUCCCACUCACAUUCUCAGUCCCAUUCCCAGUCUCGUUCCCAGUCCAAUAUACAAGUACCAUCCCAGUCCCAGCCUAACACUCCAGAGCAGAGUGGCAUCCACGACUGGCUUCGUAGGCUUCGGCUCCACAAGUAUUACCCAGUCUUCAAACAACUUACCAUGGAGGAGUUUUUAGCCCUAACGGAGGAGGACCUAAACAAGUAUGAUCUAACCCAAGGAGCUAAGAAAAAACUCAAGACUCAGCUGGAGCUGCAGAAGUCAGCAGACAGGGAGAUUAAGAUGGAGAAACGGUCAUGCAGCAGCAUCGCUAGAGUGACACCUUCCAGUCACAUUGGACACUCAACAAUUUCGAUCUCCACUGCAGUUGAGCUCCAAGUGGAUGUGGACGCGAUGUCGCACCAUCAGCCUGUCUCAAAGGACAGCAGCUCAUCCUCAGGCUACUCAAGCUCGUCCUGCUCCCCCAGAACACCACUUUGCUGUGAUUCCCCAUAUGACAGGACCAGAGACAUUCACAGACGUGUGUCAGGUCCAGAUACAACAGGAGUUGGCCCAGAGAAGGACCGAUCCUGCCUCUUGGUGCUACCCUCAAGCUGCCCCUCUGGCAUUAGCCGCCCGACUGCCCAGGUGCUACCUGUCCAAACUGAUCCAACAACCUCUCUUCCUCCCUCCUGCUCCCUCAGCCUUCCACAGUCUCCUUACCACCCACAGGCAAAUUACCCCCAGACACUGCUCUCUACAGUGCCGAAUCCAGCACGCAUCCUGACUUCUCCUCGUAAACCAAGGCCUCUUCCACUCUGCAAUGAAGAAAGGACAAAGCCAAUAGGCUCUGGCCAUCUUGCAACCAAUGCCAAUUUCAGUAAAGGGCUCAGUAUGGGGAUUGGUGUGAGGCUGGAAAAAAUGGAUGGCUCCACAACAAUACAGGACUCAGUGAAUUGUUGUGAAAAGGCAGGAGGUGCCAUGGGUCUAAUGGUAGAAACCAGUUCUGCUCUGACCUCUACCUCUAAUAGCCUUCACCAUGUCUCCCACCCCCCUCUGCACUUUCACCUUUCUUCCUCCUCAUCUCCCUCUUCAUCUGGAUAUUACUCCUACCCACCAACCUCCCCUGCCUCUUCUUCUUUCUCUUCUUUCUUAUCCUCCUCAUGUCCUUCCACUAAGUCUGGCUCUCUAUCUAGCAGCCCUGGGUCUGGUGGAGGCUUUAUUCCCAUUGCAACAGCAAACAGUAUUCCAGUUCAUCCAGUGCCUUGCAACACUUACUACCUAUCACAGCCUACCUCCAGCUCCUCCUCUUCCUCCUGCUCUGGCUCUUCAUUGGAUCAAAGUCCAGGUCACAACAUGUCCAUGUGUGUCUGCAGCUCCUGCGGUUGUCGUGGUAACUGUAGUGCCUAUGGGAUGUUGCCUGGAUAUGCAGUGGCUGAUCACCUGCAGUCAUUCUCAGCCUGCCCCUCCCUCUUUACACUUGGCCCUCUUCUACAUUUUAGUCCCCUGGUCGCCUCAUCAAGUGCCUCUGGCACUGGAGCACCUUUCUCCUACCCAAUGAUGAUACCACCUCCCCUAUAUUGCAAUAGCCCAAUUUCACAUGACCAGCAGCUGGGCUUUGCCUUUUACCAGUCCCACAGCUUUGGAAAUGGAAGCCAGAAACGGCCAUCAAUGAACCUGUCUUGUUAUAACUGUGGUGCCAAUGGACACAGAGCAGAAGAGUGCAAACAGCCCUCCAUGGAGUCAGGACCUCAAGGAACUUUUCGGCUGAAUUACUCUCCUCACACCGACCCUAAAGACUCAGGGGAAUAAAUAGCAGGAAACCCCAGUGGAUUUGAACUCCUCUGCUCCUGAUACAAGUGUACCUCAUGUUCUUUCUCAAACUAUCACUCAGCAGCUGCAGAACUAAAUAAGAAUACUAUGGGUACAGUAGGAAGACCUCAUCGCCUUUGGAAUUCUGGUAAACAGUUUGCAAAGGUGUCACUGUAAGAUGGCAAAAAGAAGAGGAAAAGAGAAAGGGGCUAUGACAGUGGUUUUUAAUUUUAUUAGCUUUCAUCCCUUAUAAAUAGCAGAAGUCACAGGAAAGAUUUGUAAUCUUUGCACUGCCUUAUAACAGUGGACUUUGCCUCAUCCACAGAACUAAUAUUGUAAACACGCAGUCAUUUUACUGGUGAUGUUCUUACCAGACAGUCUCAGAAUCUGCUUUCAAUUAAAGAAAUCAUAAUAGCUAUGGGGACACUCAGUCAAUAGCUUUCUACUUGUCCUGAAUAUAAAACUGUGUAACAUCACAUUGUUAGCUUCAAAUGAGAAAACUGAUGAAAGCAAGUAAGAACAUUGCUUCUCGCAUUCAAGAAACAUGAACAAUGCUAUAUGUUUUGGGAAACAGUUUGGAUGCAAAUCUACAGCAAGUUGGCUAAUUUUAUAAUAGAGACUCCUAAAACCUACUCCAGUAGAGACUGGUGUAUACCAGAGGUCAGAUGAGUCAAUUACUCCUUAUAAAUAAGGCACCUUAGUUCCAAAUGUGAAGCCAAAGAUAGUGUUUUGCCCAACUAACACUAUCCAUAGAAAGAAAGAGAGGAAGAGAAGGGGCUAUGACAUUUUUUAAAAAAUAAGAACAAUUUAAAAAAAGACUCACAGUUGAAAUCACCCCUUGAGUGACCAUGCACAGAUUAAGUCAAGGAAGCCAAAGAGUGAAAGAAGUUGGCAUUUGGUGGAGCACAGGGUGUGGAGGAAUUGAGAGAUCAGAUGGAUAUUUCGGUUGUGCAUUUUGAUAAGGACAAAAGUCUGAAAUGGAUUUGUGUUGUGCGUGCUGUGGGUUAAUGGAAGUAUGCAGUAAUAGGGAUAGGGAGAAAAAAUAAAAUUCAGGAAAGUACAGAAUAGCCAGCUCAGGAGUGUGCAAGGAUAAGGGAGGGAAAAAUCAAGCACUCUGCCUUUUUGAACAUGUUACCAUUCAAUGACCACCCUUUUUUCACAAUGUGUCAGCCAUUGAUGUCUGUGCUGUUGGAUACAAGGAAAUGAAAGGUGGGCUGACAGAGUUAGCUUCAGAGGUAUGUUUAGCCGGGCCCCAAACAAUAAAGCUGGAGAAUUUGGUUGGUUUUGUAAGGAGCACAAACAGACUGGAUGAGAUGGUACCACAUACUGUAGGGAGCAUUGUACAGCUGCACUGGCAGCAAAAUUUGGGAGGUAUACGUUGUCAAGAGUGUGUCAAUAUGUGCAUGAACUGUUGAAGAAGGCUUCAGCUCAGCUGACACAAUAUAUUGAUUCCAAAAAUGGCCAUGCAAGAUAGCAUAACACUGCUACUGAACAUGGAGCAAACAACAUUGGUACAAAAACAAUAGGUCUCAUACAGAAUGAAAGGUAUGUUUAGAUACACUGCAUUUGGAGAGUAGGAAGAAGUGGACACAGAUGAGAGAACUAUUACACCCAUCUGUUGUUGACUGGUAGAUGUGAGGCUUGAUGAGGAUUGCAAGAAUUGGUAAAUCUGUUAUUUAUUUGCAGUCUGAUUGGUUUGAGAGGGAGACUGAUAAAAAAUACAGUUAGGAUGACAAAUUGAUUUUUAUUGAAGACUAGAAGAAGUCAUAGUUGCUGGAUAGCUUUAGUAAGAAAAGGAGAUUCCUGCUGUGAGGGAUGUUUUGGAAAGUUAAGUGCUGGUAUAUCUGUGCUGAUGGAUUAAAAACUCAACAGGGGCUGCUAACCCUCAGAGUUGGAAGAACUUGGAAUCCUCUUUGUAAACUGGAUUCUGUUUUGCACAAAGUUUUAAAAAUGAGCAAUGGCAUUGGGGUGACACAAGCUCUCAUAAGGGGUUAUUCAACAGUCGCUGAUGGUAGAUGAUGGAUAUGCUAGGAUCCUUAUUUUUAGUGCCCUCAAUAGACCAGGCUGCAGCAGUUCUUGAUGGAAACUGGCAGGAUAGUGUCGGCAACUUGAGCUAAAAUCCCCCUCUAGAGGGAAAUGUUGUGGUUGGAUGUACUGUAGCUAGCAAGGACUGCUGGCAUUAUGCCAGGCCAAAGGCCCACUUCACACUGCCGGGUCAUGACAGGACUUUUUGGCCCAAUUUUUCUGCUUCAAUUAGGAGAUUGUGUGUGUGAUUUACAGAUUAACAUGUCAGGGCCGUGUUAGUUUGUUUACAUUUUAUGCUUCUUUGCUACCACAAAGAUAGCAGGCUUUGUAAAUUCCACACAGGGAUAGUGAUAUGACAGUGUUUUGGUAUGCAGUGUGUAAGGAAAAAGGGCCUCAUUCACUACUAUUUUCUUAAGAUUUUUCUUUAAUUUGUUACCAUAACUACCAAACCAUAAAUAUUCCAUAAUCCCCUUGGUCAAGGUGUAUCUAAAUUCAUAAUCAUUCCUCACUAAAAGUUGUUUUAUUUUCACUGAAUGCAUUUUGGCAUUGUCAGGGGUGAUUGAAGUUGUUACUCUUUGUGUUGAGGACCUUGUCUGGAAUAAUGUCAGCUUCCAUAUUUUUUCCAAUUUAUGACUUACAGAUCACAAAGUAUCAGCCAGACAAUCAAGUGUAUUUGGACAGGUCAUGUUGAAAAACUUGAAUUUCUAUUGAGUAGUUAUCGCAAUGUAAAGAAAAUAACUUUGACUCUCUUACCUCAUCAUGACCUUUUGAACCAAACACUGUUUAUUUAGACCUUAGAAGAUAAGACAAAAAAGAACUCUGAACCCAAAGGAAAUUCUGAUGUCAGGUUGCAUCCAUAUUAUAGUACAAGUUAAGAGUGACACAAAACAACAUCAAUCACAAAAUAAACACACAAAAACAUCAAGUUUGUGAUACAGUUUUUAGGGAUUGAGGGUUAAAUGCAAAGAAACUGUGCCUUUAAUAGGAUAAAUUAGUUAAGUAACAAAGGAAGCCAAGUACAUCAAUAAUGAUAAUAUUGACCUCACUAAUGGCUGUGAUAUUAUGAGGUUAUCUGAAGCAUUAUUAAUGCAAGCUGAUAAAAAAUAUCAAUAUAAUUCCUAUUUAGCUCCCAAUGGCCACUACAACCCAAAUGUGUGACAGAUAAGCAGGGAGAGCCAGGACAUCACCCUGGAAAAAAAUGUUAUAUAAUAUUAAACUUAACUGUACUUUUAUAAUAAAACAAAUUUUGCACAUGGUAGUGUUAUGAAAGGAAUAUUGCACUUGAUAAUUAACAUGAUAACCCCAAUAUGGAAAAGUAAUAUUGCAGAUUAUUAUAAAACAUUCAACACAUUAUAUCUAAAAUUUUAAAAAGUAAUAUUUCUAAUGAAAUUAAAUGUAUUUUGCACAUAACAUAAAAAUAGUCAUGGCCCAAAAAUAAAAACAAUAUAAGCUUAGUACUGAAAUACUAUACUAACCAUUAUGGCUUUUGUCUCAUAAUAGGACACUGGACUGACUUUUCCAGAGUUCCAUUUUUUUCUGUCAAGUUCACAAUGUUUCACUCUUCAUGUUAGAUGAAUGUUGAGCCGCUGAACAGUUAUUUGAAAAAAUAAGUCACUUCAGGGGAGGCGUAAAGGAGUGGGCUCUGUUACUGGUUGAAGCAGAUUAAUGUUCUUUACUUUUAAAAACUACUUAGUUAUCAAUUUGAUGGUACACUGACUUGUCUCUUAUUUACACUUCAUGCCCCACAUACGUGUUCUUGAACUAUGUUACCAGGGCUGAGGGGAUAUACUGAGAAGAAUUUGCUGGCUUCAAAGAAAUUACAGGGCCGCGGAAUUGUACAGAGUUUGAGUAAGUUAAAUAAUGUUAUACACUUUAUUGAAGUCUCUGACUGAGAGUUAUACAUUUGCUGGGCAGGACCCAGAGAUUUCCUGACAUAUGGACAGCUGGUCUUUUAGAUAAAGAAGUUUCAUCUGUGCUCCUGGAGAGCACAGCAUAGGACAUGUUUAUUUAAAAUACUGAAUAAUGAACAUUCGGUAAGUUUAAGAACUUCUGAAUGUUGUUAAAAAAAAUAGCAAUUAUAUAUGUUGUUAUUGUAAUCUUUAAAAAGUGCAGACACAACCUGUUUCAUCUAGACAAAACUUUGGUUUUAAGCUUUUUGUUCACUGAUCUGUUUCCAAAAAUGGAACGCUCAAUAAACAUGGCUGCGUAGAAACAGUUUAUCCAGAAGUUGCACUGGAUAAAAUACUGCCACAAUGUAUCAUACCAAAAAAGCAGUUUCUUAAGGCUUUUCUGAUUAUUUAGUCAUAAAGUUCAGCUUGUUUUUCAGUCUGAAAGUCUACUGAAAAGCCAGGCAUGACCCUAAAUUUGUGUGCACGCUGUUUACUCUUUGAAUAAAAUGUUCUUUUGGGUAUUUCUGUUCAAAUAGCUCUGUUAAGUUUAUUUGUUGUUUAGGUUUUAUAUUGCUUAUUGUGUUUUAAAAUGUGUUUUGUCUGAACCAAAAGAAAAUUGUUGGGGAAAUAAAAUUUUUCCGAUUUUUCAA